AUGGAUAACUAUUCACAUUCUGGAUUGGAUGAGGAACAACCUACAUCAAGCCUUUUGGAGAGGCAAAUCUUAGCGGGUGUUUUAGCACUCGUGGCGGUAUUGGGCAUAGUGGGGAACACGGUGGUCAUCAUUUCCGUUUUCCUUUCGUACAAACUUCGCACUAAGAUGAACAUAUUUGUAGUCAAUCUAAGCUUUUCGGACUUUCUGAUCUGCCUCCAUCUCGUUUGGAUCAUAGUGGCUUUUGUGGCCGAUGACGGUUGGCCUCUACCUGACUGGCUGUGUGUUUGGUGCGGAUUUAUUCUGAUAACUUGUAUCGGAGUAAGUGUUUAUACUCUAGCCUGUAUCGCUAUUAACCGUCUCAUACUGAUUCGGUACAGUCAAGCCACGUUCCUAUUCCUAUGCAGACCCACAAUCGUCUGUUUCAUGCUUGUUAUCAUUUGGGUAGUUCCACUUUGUGUUUCGGUCACACCAUUCAUUACGGACCUCGGGGAGCUUGGUUACAGCAGUCGCUACCGAACAUGCCUUAAGAAUAACGCCCACGAAAGAGCAAAGGCUUAUGACGUUAUGUUAUCGCUGGUAUUUUACCCACUCCCCACUGCAGUCAUCAUAACAUGUUACCUUAAGAUAUUCGUGUUUCUGCGUUCACGAGUCAAUAAAGUGGCGCCCGAGAACAUCGAGCCAACCGUGUCUAGCGUGAUACAGCCCCAUCAAGAGGAAAGACCAAGCCUGCGCGAGAGACUUGACAGGAGGCAAGUCAAAGUCACCAAGAACAUGUUUUAUGUUGUUUGCUUAUUCUUCAUGUGCACAACUCCUUACGGAUUAUCAUUGCUGUGUACCCACCCAGCCUGCCUGAGAGCCACAACGUACGCUGCUGUCAUACUGUCUUGCAAUAGUUGUAUAAAUCCCUUCAUCUAUGCGACCAAACAUCCAGAUUUCAAGAAAGUGAUCCGAUGCAUCUUGUUGUGCAAACUCAAAAAGAUCCCGCAGCGAGUUAAAUUACCUUGGGAGUAAUUUCGUUCUGU